AUGUUGGAAGAAUUUGAGCAUCUUGUUAGGAUUCCCAUGAAGAAUAAGCCGUUGUUUGUGGGGGUGGACGAAUCCUUGCAACCUGAAGUUAUUGCUAAAGCUCUUCACAUGGAUAAGAAAGAGGUUAAGGCCAACCUAGAGGUCAAAGUAAAUACCAAAGGAUUCUUACUAAAAUUACUUUUAGAAAGAGAUUAUACCUUUCUAAAAGCAAAAAGUUGGGAGGCAUGUUACGUUGCUAUCGCUUUGGCUAUCUAUUGGAUCAUCUUAUUCCCAAAUAUGGAUGGUUUUGUAGACAUGGUCGAUAUUAGCGUCUUCCUUACAGAAAACCUUGUGCCUACCUUGUUAGAAGAUGUUUAUUACUAUAUGAGUCAUAUAUAUACCAAGAAAAAAGGAAUGAUUGCUUGUUGUGCUCCUCUCUUAUACCAGUGGUUCUUGGAGCAUCUUCUAAAGACUGGGGUUUUUGUGGAACAAACAGAUGUUAGUUGGCCUCAGAGGUUGGGUUCGCUCCGAUCCAAUGACCUUUCUUGGUAUUCCAGGGAAUAUAUUGGUAUGGAGAUCAUAUUCAGCUAUGGGGACUUUCCCAACUUACCACUCACUGGAACUCAAGGGUGUAUCAAUUCUAACCCAGUUUUAUCAAUAAGACAACUUGGGUACCCAAUGGAGGGUCCUCCAGAUGCAAGCUCUUUGGAAGCCUUUUUAUUGAUUGACUUAGGGAUUGAGAAUCCUAGCCUCUUCCAAAGGAUCAAAGAAGCUUGGAAAAAGUUCAAUCGAAAAGGAAAAGCUGAUUUGGGAAGGGUUAAUGGGAUCACCAAAGAACCAUACUUUCAUUGGGUAAGGGAAAGAGUGUAG